GUUCCUACCAAGAUUGACCUCACCCCAAGGCGUCAUCACGGCUAUGCUGUUAUCCUUUUUAUCCUGGGGACCCUCUUCCCUCCUUUAGCCGUGGCUGCAAGGUUUGGAAUCGGUUCGGACUUUUGGCUCAAUCUUUUGCUAACAAUCUGCGGCUAUAUUCCUGGCCAUGUCCACAAUUUUUAUAUUCAGAACAUCCGGAACAACAAGAAUCACGCUCGUACUCCAAAGUGGAUCCAGAAAUAUGGACUCGUUGAUACCUCAGAGAUCAAACGCAAGGAACGCAAAUCACAGUGGGCAUCGCGGUAUAAUGACCGCCUCCCACGAUCGACGCUUGAGGGGCAGCCCUACGAAGAAGGGCAAGAGCAAAAUUCCAGUAUUGACCUUUCCUCCGUCGAUCAGGGAGGCAAGCCACGACGACAACCAAAUGGGGAUCUUUGGCGGCCCGAAGACGAAAACUACUACAAUCCCGACAAAGACAACGCUGGCUCGUCGUCCGGUCGCUGGCAUUACCCUGCCAAUUUCGAU